ACCGGCAUACAGUCACACACACACCCCUCGAAAGAUGAAGGACAAUGUCAAUGGUGGCACAAAGCUAAUUCUUCUUCAUCCCUUCAUCCAAAAACAAGGAAGUUCCAACAAUCUAUGGCUUCUAGCUUUCAUUUCAUUCUUCACUCUAGCAUUCCUUCUCACCCUCAUCUAUACUAGAGAAUCCAUCACCACAACCACCCACGCCGCUGCCUCGGCAGCCAUGGCCUCCGGCAAUCCUCCAAUAUCAAAAACUAUCGUUAAAGCUCUUGUCCACUACGCUUCAAACUCUAACGACACCAAUCACAUGUCACAGACAAAGAUCAAACAAAUCUCCGAGGUCCUCCGACAAUGCUUAUCUUCCAGUAACUUCCUUGUUUUCAGCCUUACACCCGAAACCCUUCUCUGGAAAGCCCUCAACGACAAUAGCCGUACUGUUUUCAUCGAUGAAAACUGGUAUUAUGCAGCGUAUGUGGAGGAAAAAUACCCAAAAAUUGAAGCCUAUGAUGUUCAAUACACAAACAAAAUGAGUGAAAUGAGGGAAGUUAUUGCAAUAGUGAGAGAACAAGUGCGCAAUGAAUGCAAGCCAGUGCAAAACCUAUUGUUUUCCGAGUAUAAGCUUGGGCUUAAUGACCUUCCAACCAAUUCUAUGAUGUGGAUUGGGAUAUUAUAUUGGUGGAUGGGCCAAGAGGGCACUGGCCUGAUGCGCCUGCCGGAUGUCGGCGAUUUUCACCGCCGACGUGCUGGCGAGGAGCAAGAAGGGUGGUAA